GGAGAGAUCAUCGCUGUCAAGGGACCUGGCGUAUAAAUGUUUCCCUUGACCAACGUUGGCGUGGCGAGGCGAGGCGAGGCGGCCGUUUUUAUUAAAGACUCCCUGGCUGCUGGGUGCCGGGUGCUGCUGCCCCCCACCCGCCGGAGAUCUGCCUGGUACGCGCCCUUUGCAGUAGCGCCGCUCUAGGACAGCAGGUGGUCGGAAGGUGAGUGCCUGAGGUACAUUGACAGGAAGGCCCAAGUUUCAAUUAGACGUCCAAAAUGGAUUUCCAACAUCGUGCCGGAGGCAAGACUGGCGGGGGAGGACAGGCGUCAUGGUCUGAGAGCAACAGAGACCGUCGGGAGAGGCUGCGGCAGCUAGCCUUGGAGACCAUUGACCUUAACAAAGAUCCUUACUUUAUGAAGAACCACUUGGGGUCAUAUGAGUGUAAACUCUGUCUGACCCUCCACAACAAUGAGGGAAGUUACUUGGCGCACACCCAGGGCAAGAAGCAUCAGACCAAUCUUGCUCGCCGUGCUGCCAAGGAGGCCAAGGAGUCCCCAGCCCAACCAGCGCCAGAGAAGCCACGUGUUGAAAUGAAGAAGUUUGUGAAGAUUGGUCGGCCUGGCUACCGUGUCACUAAGCAGAGGGACCCAGAGACUGGCCAACAAAGUCUCCUCUUUCAGAUUGACUAUCCAGAAAUUGCUGACAAUGUGGCUCCAAGGCACCGGUUCAUGUCAGCUUACGAACAGAAGGUGGAGCCACCAGACCGUAAGUGGCAGUACCUUCUGUUUGCUGCUGAACCGUACGAGACCAUUGCCUUCAAGGUGCCGAGCCGUGAGGUGGACAAGUCGUGGACCACAUGGAACAAGGAAACUAAACAGUUCUUCCUGCAGUUUGCCUUUAAGGUGGACCCCAAGGCCAAGAUGGUGCCUCCUGUCCCCCCACCCCUCGCAGGGCCCCCAGGACCACCAGGACCCCCAGGCAUGCCCCCUCCUCCUGGCUUGCCUCCACGGCCACCCAUGAUGCCUACAGGACCCCCACCCCCGGGCAUGCCCCCUCCACCUGGCAUGCCUCCACCAUCGUCUCUCCGGCCUCCCAUGAGGCCUAUGAUGCCCCCACCACCUGGCCCUCACGGACACCUCAGGCCCCCACCAGGUCCCCCACCACAUGGCAUGCGUGGACCCCCACCACCCCCAGGAGGCCCCCCUCCUCCUCCACCACCUUUUAAUCCUGUCCCACCACCACCACCCUCAGGAGGAAUACCACCUCCUCCUCCUCCUAAGAAUUAGGUACAGAUAGGUUUAAUUACUCUAUUGGAUAAUGUAUGAAUUCACUAAAGCUGUUACUGUAAUAACUCUUCAGUCUCUGAGUAGUAGUAUUUCUGUGCAUAGCACAGGCAACAAAAACAUACCUUUUUUUUCAAGUUAUUGCAUGUUAAUCCAGUCAUUGCAGUAAAGACCAGUCAGAUGUAACUAGAUUAUUUUAAUAAAUGGUUUAAUGUU